GCUCAGAACUUUCUAGCACACAGAGAGCUGCUAUCUAUUCCCCAGAACAGUGACUUCUGCAUCUUGGCCAAAUCAUCCUGUUUCAGCUUUGCAAGGAGCUACAACACCUUCCACAACUGUGUGAAAAAGAAAUCCUCUAUGUGAAUUCUUCCUGGGGUGAAGGACCUUCUCCCCAGACCCUUUAAUGACAGUAAUAGCAUCUUUUUCAACUUUGCAUUCCUAACAAGAGGCAUUUCUGUUAUAAAACUAGGGUUUGCCAAAUUAUGCCUUGGCAAAUGAAUGAGUGGAUGAAUUAAUGGGGAACCCUGUCCAGGAGUUGAGUUGCUAGACAAGAUACCUGGGCUCCAUGGCUCCGACCCUUCUCUUCUCAGUUAAGCCUUCUUCAGGGCCACCAUGCCUCCAUCUUCAGCCCUAAAGAGUCUCCUUACCACCUGUGUUCUCACUGCCUUGGUUUCCAGCAUUGUGGGUAGAUUGGACAAAUGGCCUCUUUCCCCCUGCCCCCAGGUUGGAAGAGUAAAAUGGACAAUACAAAACAGAAAUGCCUACUUGGGAGAGACCAGGUCCUGCUUCAGGAGCCGGACUGAACUCUGCAGGGUUGGGGACCCUGAUCAAGCACCUGGGCAGUGGGCAGCUGAAAGGCCUGAGCCUGAACACUGAAUGGGGCCUGAUGUGGCCAAGUGGGCUCAUUCAGCCCUACAGAAAGUGGGCUUCAUGGUGUCUUGAUUCUCAGGAAUGUUUGGCUAUUGGAAGUAUCAACUAUGAUUCUUGACAGUUUUCAUUCCUGAAUUAUUUUUUAAACACUUUUUAUUUCCUUUUUAGAGAGUUAUAAAUGUUCAAGCUGCUCUCUUAAUGCAUGUAGUGCUGACCUGCAAACGACUUGUGAAGCGUCUCAAAGCUGCUUCAUAUAUAAGCAAGAAUUGAGGACAUCAAGUAUGUGCCAGGCCUCUCCCCAGGUUGUUCAUCAUGCAGGACAGACAGAAAAGAAGGGCUCCUUAAGAAGUGGAAAGACUAAAGACAAAAGGAUUUGAAGCACGGAAUCCUUUAAUAAUGGUAGCCCAUUUGGACAUCGCUCUCUCUUUGGUUCAAAGAAGAAAUUCCUUCUGGGGUUUGGUUUUGUACAGGGAAGCUCUUACAAUAUGUUGGAGAGAAAGGUUGUUCUUCAAGCAAGCAAGUGUGUCCCAAGGACCUUCUCAGCAACACUAGGAGAUAAUCAAACAUUCAGGUACAACUACCAGUGCUGCCAAGAGGAGCUCUGUAGCCAAGGGGACUUCCAAGUGCCUCAGAAAUCCUCAGUACCCAAUGGCAUUAAGUGUCCUGCCUGCUACAAUGUGUAUGACAUUUCCUGCGACCCAGUUCUUCUUGCCUGCACUGGUACAGAGACAAAGCAUGUGGAAGUUAUUGGCAUAGAUAGUCCUAUAUUUAUGAUUUUUGCCAUGGGUUGUGCUACUGAAACUGCAACUUGAGGAAUAUAAAUAUAUUGAAUAACAUAAAAAUCCAUACCAACUGUACAGAAUAAAGCAAUGGAGAUCCCCACUGAUGUUCAUCACCUCAUCAAUCUUGACUGGUCCCUUCUUGCUCAAAGCCUUGCUUUGAAGUUUACACACUUCCAAGCUCAUAAUCCUACAAACCUAAAAUGUUGGAGUCCUCUGAUGACUCCCCUCCCCAACAUUCCCCAGACAUCGCAUAAUUAAAUUGCUGAUAUUUCCUUAA